AUGGCAAGAUACCAAUACGCCCUCUGGGAUUGCAUAUCCCCUCAGAUUGCCAUCCUCCCAGACGACCAGCGUCCCUCAGUGCUAGCUGUCCAAUCCGAGGGCAUGUUCCUAGCGAAACAGCAGUUAACAGCUGCUCGCCAUAUAGCGGAUUCAUCCAGCAAGGGCAUAGCUUCUGCUAUUAGCCCUGGAGGGUUCGCCUGCAUCUCAGCUUCGAGUUUCUUGUGUGGAAUCCUGAAGGACUUGGACCACUGGUCCCUGCUGUUGGGAACGUCGACCUGCUCUGACGACCCUACUCUGCUGCGUGAUGUGCUCCUCAAAACUGUAUGGACUGAUGUGGAAAUCAACCGCCUAGUGGAACUUAUUCGGGUUCAGUGGCACUGUCUUGCCGACACUAAGCUUUGGACGUCCGAGGACUUGGAUCGGGAUGCCUAUCACGAACUCUUGGUCCUGGACGGACUAUUGGAUGAAGUACGCGCCGCACAAGAGGACUUGGUAACCUUAACUCACUUGUUGGCGAGACUGACUUUGCAAGAGACUCAACAAAACUCGGCAGCAGCCCCUAUCCGUCUCGACUCGCCCCGGGUCAUGGCGGGAACACCGGCGGGGGGGAUCCCCGCUGUCACUAAACAAAAAGCCCUUCCGAUCGUCACCACGACCACCGCCUUGAAGCUCGAAGCUGCCCAGACGCUCGCCGACCAAAAGAAGGCUGAGGAACAGUUGCGAGCAGCGGAUGCGGUGGCGGCCAAGGCUCAGGCCGAAAGGGAGAAGGAGCAACGAUUGGCCGCCGACUGUGCGCAAGCGGCCACGGAUGUACGCCCUACAGACAUUGUAGGAGUUGGACUCUCGUUAGGGUCCACAUUUUCCCCGGUCUUUGCCCCGUCUCACACCACACAACGCGCACGGCGCCUUGCAGAACGUCUACCAGAAUCGGACUACUCCGACGAGGAAGACCUGUACGGGGACGGAUCCCACUGGGCUACUGGUCUUCGAGUCAGCCAGGCCCAGCGCACGGGGGGAACUGGAGAUGAAGUGCACCUCUUGCGGAGCCACAACCGGGACUUGAAUGAUCGUGUGACCCGCCUACAGGACCAAAUGGAACGACACCUGGACGGGCGGCACAUUCAGAUUGCCACAGACAGCUCCACCGCCCUGUAUUACUUAAACAAACAGGGCGGCACAGGGUCCAUUUCGCUCUCCAAGGAGGAGCGACAUUUGAGACCUCACAGGCGGAAGAAACCAUUCAUAGAGAAGAAAAAUGCUGUAACGUUUCAUUUAGUACACAGAAGUCAGAAGGACCCUUUGACAGCAGAUGAAACUGCACCCCAGAGAAUUCUUUUGCGUACACAAAAGGGAAAUGAUGAAAAGCGGAGAGACGAACAGAGAAAAUACGGAAUAUUCUUUGAUGAUGACUAUGACUACUUGCAGCAUCUCAAAGAAGCUGCUGAAACCUCUGAGCUUGUUCCAUCAAGCAUCCAAAGUCAACAAGGCAGGGUUAUAGUGACCACAGAAGGGGAAGUCGAAGAGGAAAUUCAACGCAUUCCAGCUCCCGCUCUAAAUUUGCCCUCAUCAGUGUUUGCGUCAGAAUUUGAAGAGGAUGUUGGACUAUUAAAUAAAGCUGCUCCUGUUUCAGGGCCCAGGCUGGAUUUUGACCCCGACAUUGUUGCUGCACUUGAUGAUGAUUUUGAUUUUGACAAUCCAGAUAAUCUUCUUGAAGAUGACUUCGUUUUAAAUGCUAAUAAACCUGGGAGCACAGAGCAGAAAGAGAAAGGCUAUUGGGAAUCUAAAUUUGGAGAUGAAGAUGAAUGGGAGGACAUGGAGGAAGAGGAGAUGGAUGGAAAGAACAUUCGUAGUGAUGGAGAGUAUGAUUCUGAGGGUCCUUUGUCAGACGGCAGUGAAAUUGGAGGAGAGAUGAAAGAAUUUCUUUUCAUGCAAGAAGAGACCAAGAGCCGUUUCACAGAAUAUUCUAUGACCUCUGCAGUAAUAAAAAGGAAUGAACAGUUGACCCUUCUGGAUGAGAGAUUUGAGAAGUUUUUCGAACAGUUUGACGAUGAUGAAAUUGGAGCAUUAGAUAAUGCAGAACUGGAAGGCUUCAUUCAGAGUGACAGUGCUCGGCUACAGGAAGUCUUGAAUGACUACUACAAAGAGAAAGCAAAGGACUGUGUGAAACCAGAUGACCUUGAAAUUGGGGAGGAUUCAGAGCUGCUCCUGAAUAAGACAAUAGAAGAAGCAGAUGAAGAAGAAGAGGAAAUUGUAACUUUAAUUACAGUGGAACCCAAAGAAAAAUGGGACUGUGAAUCUAUUUUAAGUACCUAUUCAAACUUAUACAAUCAUCCAAAACUUAUUGAAGUUCCACAAAAGCCGAAACCAAUCAGAGUGUCCAAUAAGACUGGAAUCCCGCUGGAUGUUUUGCCUAAAAGAGGACUUACAGCUAAGCAGACUGAGUGCAUGCAGAUGAUUAAUGACAGUGACCUGCCAAGAGUAUCAACACAACCACGUCCCAAAACUGAAAGCAAAGAGGAUCACAAAGCCCGAAAACAAGCUAUCAAAGAAGAACGCAAAGAACGCAGGAUAGAGAAGAAAGCAAACAAGUUGACCUUCAAACAUGAGAAAUCAAGACAACAGAGAGAGCUGCUCAACCUGCAACAGAACAUUCAAGGGCUGAAAUUGUCAUAAUCAGAUUAACUGCUUC